AACAAUCCUGCUGUCAGCACCUUUAAAAUGCUGUGAGCAGCUUGGUGAGGAGACACUUGGAGAGAAAUGCCGUAUUAGGGAGGAAGCAUGAAUCAGGGACUUACUCUGCUCGGCUUUCUGUGGCUAACCUGUGGCCAUGUGUACGCAGCCGAAUCAAAAUGUUUACCGGACAUUGAUAUCUCAAAGAAUGGUGUCACUCCCGACGACCCGUUUGUGUAUUUCGGUCAGCACAUUAACCUUAACUGCACCGUGUCCACUAGACAGCUCCCUAAAAAUUCAAUGCUGAUAUUUUUGACGAAGCGCGAUGAUGGAAAAGAGGAAGAAGUUGAAAACACUAUUUUGAUCCAAACUGAUUCGACACUAACCAUAGCAAUUAACGAAACAAUCACAACACCUGUCAGACUGACGUCCAAAUCGGUGAACUACCGAUGCCGACUCCGCUGUGACACGGGCAGCCAGGAAGUAGGAUAUCAGUAUGUUACAGUAGAUAGUCCGCCACAGAAGCCUGAGAAUGUUUCCUGUGUCAAUUACAACUGGAAACGUCUCGUCUGUCGACUUAUCUACGGAACAUAUUACCGCAGUGGUGUAAUCAGCAUCACAUGGGAGUGGACGGUUGGGGUAACAUGGUCUAAAUGUCCCAAUUUGGAAAUAAAUUCUACGGAGGCUAAAUGUACUUGGUCAACUGCUCAAGUUGGAGACCAUGCUUUUCGGAUCAGCAUCACAAAUCAUAUGCGACAAGCCGACAAACCUGUGGUGAAAACUGUCACAGUCAGACCUCCUGUUAAACCCGAUCCAGUUAUAAAUGUCACAUACCUGGCUAACGAUACGUAUGCCCGCGUGUCCUGGAGUCACACCAGUGGCAGUAAGAACCUACGCUUUGAUAUACAAUACUGCUCCCGCUGGGAUUCCUGUCAGAAUGUGGAAAGUAAAUCCAGAAGUGUGACACUGUUUCACCUUGUUCCGUACACAGAGUACAAUGUCAGUGUUGUUGCUAAGCCUUACUUCAACAACAGUGUGUCGGGAUUCUGCAGCAAUCAAGUCAACACAAGGUUCAGGACACAGCCCAAGGUUCCACUCUAUAACCCGAAGAUGCAGCCAGGAUUCUAUGAGAGCAUUAACGACACCAGCAUCAUUCUGUACUGGAAGAACAUUCCUGAAAUGGUUCAAUACGGACGUAUUAAACUGUAUAAUGCCACUAGCUACCUCCUGGAGAAUGGAACACAGAUCAUGGUAGUCCCAACACUAUUCUCCACCAUUAAACAUGCCAGUACACAGCAGAACUUUUUAAUCAUUAACGAGCUUUGUACAACCUGUAAAUACCGUGUGGAGCUGGCCCUGAAAAAUGUGAAGGGGUACUCGCUCAAUGAUUCCUCACAGCUUUUUCUUCUACCUGUAAUCCAAAGGCCUGUCGUGAAACACAUUGACAACUUCAAGGUGGAAGCUUUGAACGAGACGUACGUAAGAAUAAUGUGGCUAGACCAAAAACAGUCUUACGCACCAACCGUCAGAUCUAUAACUAACUACAGCAUUGUGUGGUGUCGUCGUAAAAACCUCACUGACCUCUGUAAGGGGGAGCUACAGGAUAAGGUGGUGCGGAAAUCAAUAAAGGAAUUGGAGGUGAAUUUGGAGGGGUCAUUCCGUGACUACAGAUUUGGGAUGUCGGUGGAAGUACAGACCAACAAGGGUCUAUUGGUCAGCAGUGGAAUUGUGUGGGGGACAUCCAUACCCUUCCUUAAAUAUGGAGUUCCUACAGAUGCCCCUCCAGACGUAGAAACAACCCUCACUGAACCCAGUGGCUUCAACAUGACCUGGGGACCAUAUGAGACUAGUUCCCCAGAUCAUAGCCCUGCUGUGUCCUACCAGGUUACCUACUGUAGUAAACACAAUUGUACAGCUGUAAUUAUUACUGCCAGUGACAACAUGAUGCAGUUCUCUGUUAACUCAUUGAUGCCUGGACCCUACAACUGUACUGUCCACGGGGUGUUUCCCGGGGGAGACGGACCAAAGAGCACUCCCUCCAAAAUGGUGGUUGGAUCAGCUGGUAAUAUGGCGGCCUCAGUUUCAGGGGAAGGUGAUGGUUCCAUGGGUAUUAUCAUUGGGGCUGUUGUAGGGGCUCUUCUCCUAUUGAUAGUCCUUGUCCUGCUUGGCGUGAAAUGCAAGAAAAUAAACCACAAAGCUUAUAUUGCUACAAAAGAAAUUGAAGUCCCAGAGGUGGAAAAAAGGACGUCACAUAACAAUGGUGAACUUCAAGGAAACAGUAGUGACUCGGGCGUAGUUGACGAUGGCAAGUACUCUUCUGAAGACGAUCCAACAAGGGUCGCUUUACUACCUCAAAAAGAGGACCUUCAGAUCAGAAGAGGAGAACCAUGUAAAAGGCCACUGAUACAACAGGAAGAUUCUAAAGGUGUACAUUCCAGUUCUGUCAAAAACAUUGGGUAUAAACAAAAUGCCAGUCACGCCUCACACCCAGACACUACAAGUGGAAUAGAUUCUGGUGUAAGUGGGACAGACACAGGACAGACAAUGGACACAGGACAGACAUUGAACACAGGACAGACAGUGCUGUUUGACCAAAGUGAGAGAGAUAGGACUCUAUAUCCUAGUGUGUCAAGUGACCAAAGUAAUGAUCAGUCAGGUAACCAGGAUGACGGUUACAGACGUCCAACUUUUGCAGACAGUUCGGUUGAUUCACAAUAUGAUCCAAUCGACAAUUAUGAUUUAUCCAAAGUUUCAGUGGAGUCGUAUACCCAGCCUACUAUCGCAUAGAGCGCAGCAAAUCCACCGAGUAUACUGUAGAAUAGUUUUAUUAUAAGUGCGUUCCAGUACCAUACACAGACCUCAGCUGGAGAAUGAACCUUGUAAGGAGUCCUGGGGUGUCGCCUGUAGAACAAAAUUAGAUUAAUGGAUGGGGGGGAUUCAUCAUAAAAGACAAGCCAGUUAGGGGAUAAACUUACUGUAUUUUGCAAUUUGCUGCUGUUUAUUGUGAUUAUACUUUUGAAAAAAUGAGGUUUACUGGCGACUCGGAGCUGAGCCAGUAAAAUGGAUAUUUGGUAUUAUCACAAUAUACAGUUGUACCUCAGCAAAUAUAAAAAUACAGUAGUAUUAUCCCCAUUCUAAUUCUUAUAAGCUAAAAUCACUGAAAUAAAUGACAAUUCUGAGAUGGUUUGAGCCUUUUCUUUAAAAUCGCGGUCUCCCUUCUGUGGAUUUGUUACGUCAGGAACAUUGGAAGUGACGUCAACAUACAUUGACCUUUCACAGUAUCCUAUUGUUCCUGAUGUCAUUAAUUAUCAUUCCAUGAUGUGUCAGGGUCAAUGAUAUCAUUAAUUAUCAUUCCAUGAUGUGUCAGGGUCAAUGAUAUCAUUAAUUAUCAUUCCAUGAUGUGUCAGGGUCAAUGAUAUCAUAAACAAUCACUAACUGGGCUUCAUAUGCAAAUUCAAAGUUUUCAGCCGGUAAUUCAUGGUUAUACCAUCACAAAUUGUUUUGAUUGACCUAUUAAAUGCUGCGUUACAUCACAAAUUGUUUUGAUUGACCUAUUAAAUGCUGCGUUACAUCACAAAUUGUUUUGAUUGACCUAUUAAAUGCUGCAUUACAUCACAAAUUGUUUUGAUUGACCUAUUAAAUGCUGCGUUACAUCACAUUGUUUUGAUUGACAUAUUAAAUGCUGCAUUACAUCUUAAAUGAAUUAGAAUAAGCUUUGUAUGUCCUCUGAUAACUCUGAACUGUAUGUUUUCUAAAUCAAAUCUUAAGUACUUGGUAUCUAAAAAUAAGUAAACAGGGUCCUCAAAAUAACUGAGCUUGUGUGUUAUAAAAUGCAUCAGAAAAUAAUUCUGUCCCUAUUGUUUUGUGUAGGGGAGAUAUGUUUUAACACAAACAUCAAUCAGGAUAAAUAGAACACAAGUGCUGAUCUUUUCCUAUAUUGAGAAUUAAUUUGAUGCUUACAACUUUUCCCCUGUAUGUAUUCUGUUCAAUAGUGAGCGUAUGAUAGCUGAUUUGAAUACACAUUGAGCCUGGUAUAACAUUAUUGUUGUGAGUAUAAAUUUACAUGUGUCUGUGGUACUUAGUACUCGUGUCGUUAUUAUUGUUUGGAGUAUGUGGUACGUCAUGUGUUUGCGUAUGUCAGUAUGUAGUACAUGUACUAUAUUUAUGGAAGUUGUGCUGGUUUGCUCCAUCAAAUUACACUCAUAUAUUACAGAAAAACUUAUAUCAUCCCUGUCAACCGGCUAAAAUUUUCAUCAGGGAGGAAAAAGGUAGCAAAUUUUAUUUUAAUAUCUAUAUAAUACUUAUGUAAGAUGCCAAAACAAUACUGUAAAAUGCCUUAUUCAAGCCAACCUAUGCAAUUCUGAAUUACAUUAUGAUUUGGAAGAAAGGAUUAGGAAACAUAUUUAUGUUUAAAUUAACAAAUUAAAUUAAAUUAAAUAGUGUGUAGCUAGACCAGUCAUGGUGGAACAAAACACAAAUAUUAUUACAUUAUUUUCUUGGUGAGUUUUUGACUAGAUCUGUCAAACACGUUACUCUACUUAUAAUACAUGAAUCCUAUACAAGGUAUAGGUAAAAUUAUUUAAAAUGGUACCUCGUUUUUGUUAAAAAGUUUUUUUGGGGUUUUUUAAUGUCCCAAAAAUCUAUUUAAAGAUUUUUUACUUCUCGUUUAUUGAAGUAUGAAAAGACAAGUUAUAUUCUUGUGUCAUUCCAUACUUAGUGUACAUGCAGUUGAAUUUGACCUCAUUAACCUUCUUAGUUACCUGUAUAAGAAAUAUUUUUCUAAACUGUAUCAAUAUCCAUGUACAUUAUAUAUAUUUCAUAUUAUCGUGUUUUCAAUCACCGUCAUCAUACAAAAUCACUUUUGUAUAUAAAAUGUUAAGGGCAUUAUUAGCAAGCACUUCACCUUAAUAAGUCUACAGAGCUCUGUCCUCCGCAAGGCACUCUGGUGGCUACCGAAUAUAUAGAACAAGCUUGCUUACACUUGCUUUCUCCCACCUCUACAUGGAAUCAAAAGUGUCAAAACAUCAUUUUAUAAAAACUAGUUAAUGAUAUUUGUACAAGCUUGCCAUGGAGAACCUGCGUGGUAAAUUUGAGGUAUGCAUGUACCUAUUGCAUAAUGUACUUUUUUCUUCUCUUUCCAAAUAAUGACUUUACUGUAUGCAACCUUUAAAUUUGUUCAUAUAAAGUCUUGCACUUAAUUCUGAAAGGGUGUGGAAGAGUACGAGACCAUUAUUAUUUAGAUAAAUGUAAUUUACCUAAAAACUAGCAGUAUAUAUACUUGUUUUUGUUAUUGAUGUUUGCUUGGUAGAGUUUUCAUACAUACAUGUAUGGGGUAUACUUCUACCCUAGGGGGUAGGAUUUGAGGUCAGAUCCCUGGUAAAGCCUCAGUUUUAAUUCUACACCCUAGGGUAGAAUUUCCAUAUCCCCAUACCUGGUAUAUAUAUACUUAUAUGUGUAAACAUUCUAUUACCCUUCAUUUUAAAACUCUGUUUCAUGAUGCAGCCAACUUAAUACAAACCAUGAGCUUACCAAACAAACCACGAUAACAAAAACAAGAACUUUCAAAUGUUCUCAGAAGAUUUCUGUUGUUUCGUUUUAAGUGAAAUGUCAUAUGAUAUAACAAAUUGUUUACUUUGAUAACUAAAGUUGUCGUCUUUACUUAAGGAGUUCUACUGUUGUUCUCCUUAAUUUGACUCUUCAGGCCCCGAGAUCAGGAAGCAAUCUUAAGUCUAAUAAUGACUUUAAUUUUGACUUGACCAAUCACAGAUAACAUCAGGUAAGUGACGUCAUACGUAAUCAGCUGAGCAGAAACAUCAGGUAAAGUGACGUCAUACGUAAUUGGCUGAGCAGAAACAUCAGGUAAAGUGACGUCAUAUGUAAUUGGCUGAGCAGAAACAUCAGGUAACGUGACGUCAUACGUAAUUGGCUGUGCAGAAACAUCUGGUAAAGUGACGUCAUACGUAAUUGGCUGAGCAGAAAUUUAAAUCCAAGAUUGUUUCCUGUUCCUAGGGCCUGAUUGUGUUAUAUUGUUUACAUGUGUAUCUGUACCGAUUGUUACUAAAUAUAGAUCCUGGGAAUUUUUCUUUUGCAAAACUCCACUUAAAUGUUAGCAUUAUUAUUCAAUAUUUGCUUUUUGUUGUAUUGCUUUAAAUUUAAUGACAAUGAAUGCUACCUCUGAAAAAAAGUUGUUGUGGCAUAAAAUUGGUAACGUUUGUAUUUUGUUGUAAUUUUGAAUUGUAAAAAAUGCCAAUUUACCAAAAAAUAAAAAUUUGUGUAAUAUGUGCUUAUCUCUAGUAAAAUGCACACAUAUGUACCCAGUAAUAAGCUAUUUCAAUUUUAGUGUCUGAUUAACUGAUUAAAACAGACUGAAGAAAUCCUUUUGUAUAUAUACUAGAACAGUAUAUGUGAUCAAUUUUCUCUGCCUUUUGUUUAAAAUGUUCAGAUAAGAUUGCUCAAUAGUUCAUCAGAACCACAGAAUGCUUGUUUAGCACCUCAUCGGCCACAUUUACUGGAUGUCACAGUGCCUUAGUUAUUGCUUUUUAUCUGGGGGGGUUUAAUUGUAAUUUAUUAAGUUUACAUGUUAUGAAAUAAUACAAUCUCGGCACAGUAAAAGUAAAUCAUAUGUAGAUGUGGGCUAUAAUGAUUAUUUAUACCAUAGUGAAAGUAAAUCAUAUGUAGAUGUGGGACAUAAUGAUUAUUUAUACCACAGUGAACGUAAAUCAUAUGUAGAUGUGGGGUAUAUUGAUUAUUUAUACCACAGUAAAAGUAAAUCAUAUGUAGAUGUGGGACAUAAUGAUUAAUUAUACCACAGUGAAAGAAAAUCAUAUGUAGAUGUGGGCUAUUAUACCGCCUUCAAACAAACUUUGAACAUGUAGAUAAAAUGAACUGGGGGGGCAUAUAUUUGUGAGCUGGCUUACAGUUGAUCAUGUUCCUUAAGGCUACAUGCUAAUUUACUCUGACAUGAAUCUUCAUUCUAAGAGAGUUCCAAACCGAGAGACUAGUGAAGUAUCUUUUAUGAAUAUUAUUUUGACUUUAUCUUUAAUUAGGACUAAUUUAGCUUUUUUUGCGACCCAAAUGAACAGCACACAAGAAUGAAUGCAUUAACAACGUCAAGGCAGAACACUCUAAAACAAGUUGCAGGUCACAUAAGGUAGCAUAUAACCUUUAUCAUCCUAUAUGGUUCUAUAUCUAAGAAUAUAAAUGUGUUGAAUAGUAAAACUAGGUCGCUGUGACUGUGGUAUAAAAUACUGUCAUGACUACUAAUUUUGUGUACUUUAAUAUAGUGUUAGAAACAUCUGCAUCACUCAACGUUACAUUUUUACAUCGAAAAAAAUUUGGAAAAAAAUGAAUGCCAAUUUUUUAAAUUUCUUUCCUUUGGAAUAGGGGUAUUUCCUGUAGUGUUCAGUAUUUUUUGUUGGUUUGGUAUUUAUUUUACUUUUAAUUGUAUGUAUUUCAAUAAACACUGUAUAAUACUAACAAGAAAGUUUUACAGACCAGGAAAUUUGAAUACAUUUUCAGUGACUAACGGGUAUUUUGGUUCAAUUAAGUUUAAUUUAUUCAAUGUAUAGAAAGGUUUUAUACUGUCAUUUUUUUCAUUAUCAUUUUGUCAAACAGACAAUAGAGAGUGUCUUGGGGGUAAUACCCCACCAAUAGCAAGUGUGAUUUAGUUUAAUGUAAUUCAUGGAGCUUGCAAUAUAUUGUGAACAUAGGAUGAAAUGAAAAUUUCCUCAAAGGUUUUUUUUUCAAUACUUAAUUUGCAGAUAUUUGCACAAGCCCUUUUAAAAAAAGUAUUCCACAAAACUCACUCGUCACACAUUGCGAUGCAAUCUACAGAAUUAUAUUAAUUGGAAGGUUGAAUGUUUGAAAGAACGAAUUAUUAAAAAAAAAACACAUAAAACAUGCAAAGGUCAAACAUGGGAUCUUUUCAUCACAAAUCCUUUAUUGCAUUAUUUAUCUUGCCUUCUUUAAGUGUCCAAUUUAUAGACCACAAAGCCUAUUGACAGGGGAAGUUACUCUAAGCCACAAAGCCUAUGCUAUUGACAGGGGAAGUUACUCUAAGCCAGAAAGCCUAUUGACAGGGGAAGUUACUCUAAGCCACAAAGCCUAUUGACAGGGGAAGUUACUCUAAGCCAGAAAAACUCCUUUAAGUUAGUUAAUCUUCUAUACGUGAGGUAAGGAGAGCUCUGAGUGGCACUCUUUUUUGCGAUUAUAACUGAUGCAGUGGUACCCUUUACCUUAAUAUUUACAUAAUGUACGUUAGCCCAUUUCAAAAAAGCAGUCCAUAAAAAUCACAUGUUUUGAUGAAUUUUACUUUACAUAUAUUGUACCAGUCAUUAGCAUAUGAUAGAGCUACCUCCCUUCAUUAGCCCUCUUUUAAUAGCUUGACAGGCCUACAAUAAUGGGCCUCCGACCACAAAUAUAGUGCAUAAGGACAUUUCUGGUCAGUUACUUAAUAUUUUUUCCUGUCUGAUCUAUGACAGAUAUAUGUACAGUUUUUUUGCAUAGAAUUGUUCAACAAUAUCUAUUCUAGUUAUUUAAUUUUUCUUGACACAGUUUUCAAAUUUGUAUUUGCAGCAGGACACAAUGAGUAAUGAGGCUUGCGCAUUGAUAUUUUGUGAUUUUUGGUAUUUUCUCCUAUACAUGCAGGGUAGUGACAUUCAAAUGAAAUUAUCUUUCUUAAAUGCCAGUCAUGAGGUACUUUCCAGCUCACUGUAGGUUCAGUUUGAAUAGAUCUUCAAUUUGAAAUACCGGUAGGACCAGACCCUGCAUGCGCAAAGUUUUAAAACAUUUUAAUUUCAUAUUUCCUUUGGUAGUAACAUUUAGUGGAAUUAAUUGUGGUCUGAGGCCAAUGUAGGUCUGCUUGAACUUUUACAGUUGCCUGUUUGUCUUAUUUUUAGGUCACCUGAGCUUUGCUCAAGUGACCUAUUCCAAUCGCUUUUCGUCCGUCGUCGUCCGUCGUC